AUGUGCUCCAACAACCGCACUGGGCGUCUCAGCGACUGGAUAACACAUGCUCCUCUGCGUGAUGCCGUCGCUGCACGUCACCUGCGAGGACCUGACCCGGCACUGGCCGACGAGAUUGCAUCCGAGUGUGCCAGGAAGCCCUGGGAUGGGAUAGUCAGGAGGCUCUGGCCAGGAGUUCGGUACAUCCUAGCCAUUGUCACCGGCUCGAUGUCGCUGUACAUUCCGGUUCUUGAGAGUUAUGGUGCUGGGCUGCCAUUGGUGUCGCCUAUGUAUGUGUGCACAGAGUGCGCCGCGGGGAUCAAUCUGAACCCUCUUGAUAUACCUUCUGCUGUGUCGUACGCAUUGCUUCCAAACAUUGCCUACUUCGAGUUUGCAGAGGUUACGCAUGGUGACGAUGAAAAGGUGCAAGCGGGUACUGGUUUGUAUGACAAUUUGGGCGAGUUAAAGCUUGUGGAUCUUGUGGAUGUCAAAAUUGGUCGGCGCUACGAGCUGAUUGUCACCACCUUUGCAGGUCUUUACAGAUACCGAGUGGGUGACCUUCUUACUGUGAGCGGAUUCUACAACGCAACGCCACUGUUCCGCUUCACUGGAAGGUGUGGUGUCGUCUUAAAAAUAGACUUCGAGAGUAUAAGCGAGGAGGAUCUCCUGAAGGCCAUUUCACAAGCCUACGAGCUGCAUCUUAGGCCUCUUGGUUACAUGCUUGGUGGCAGCACUGCAUAUGCAGACAUAUCCACCUUGCCUGGCCACUACGUCCUGUUCUGGGAGCUAGCCACUGCAGAGGGUAACCAUGUCGCGACUGACAUCGAUCGAGCUGUCAUGGAGAAUUGCUGUUUGGCCGUGGAGAAUUGCUUUGAUCAGAUGUACCGCAAAAGCAGGCGCCGAGGGUCGAUCACAGCACUCGAGAUAAGGGUACUUGAGCGUGGCGCAUUUGAUGCUCUCAUGGACUUGUUUCUGUCCAGAGGCACAUCGGCCAGUCAGUACAAGACUCCAACGGCUAUUCGAUCAGAACAAGUGCUGCUGGUGUUGGAGGAGAGGGUGUCAGGAAGGUACUUUAGCCAAGAGACUCCCAACGGCCCUUUGUAG